GAAAUUCCAAAAUCGUUUUCCAGCCUUUAUCACGAUACUAAAAUAAUGCUUCGGGGUUUCAGUUCAGGCACGAUUGCUUUAUAAAUUAGGGGAGGUUUGCCAGCAGGCGCUCUCGGCUUGUUGUUGGGGUUUGGCAUCUUGGGGGGCGUACCUCAGCUGUCAAGGAGACGUGAAUAUGGCUGCCACCUUGGUGCUGGUGAGAGGGAGAAGUUAUCCGGGCCUGUCUGCUCUGCUGCAGUCUAGACAAUGGACAUGGGGUCGCAAAUUACUGAGAUACACUUCUACAGGAAAGAGCAAGAUCGACAAAGUUGUCAUUGCCAAUCGGGGCGAGAUUGCUUGCAGAGUUAUGCGCACGGCUAAGAAGAUGGGUGUGCAGUCAGUAGCGGUUUAUAGUGAAGCAGACAGGGAUUCUAUGCACGUGUCACUGGCAGAUGAAGCUUAUCUGAUUGGACCGGCCGCCUCUCAGCAAAGUUACCUUGCCAUGGACAAAAUAUUACAAGUGGCCAAAGUAUCAGGCGCUCAGGCUAUUCAUCCAGGUUAUGGGUUUCUCUCGGAAAAUACGGAAUUUGCGGAACUGUGCAAGAAAGAGGGCCUCAUUUUCAUUGGGCCUCCAUCAUCCGCUAUCCGAGAUAUGGGAAUUAAAAGCACGUCAAAGGCCAUAAUGUCGGCGGCUGGUGUCCCUAUCAUUGAGGGCUACCAUGGGGAGGACCAGUCUGACCAGCAUCUAAAGGAACAGGCUGGAAAAAUUGGUUAUCCUGUAAUGAUCAAAGCUGUUCGUGGAGGAGGAGGAAAGGGGAUGAGGAUCGCACGGUCUGAAGAAGACUUUCUGGAGCAACUGGAGUCUGCCCGUCGAGAGGCAAAGAAAUCAUUUAAUGAUGAUGUUAUGUUGAUUGAGAAGUUUGUGGACAACCCAAGGCACGUGGAAGUCCAGGUGUUUGGUGACCAGCAUGGAAAUGCCGUUUACCUUUUUGAAAGAGAUUGCAGCGUACAGAGGAGACACCAGAAGAUUAUAGAAGAAGCUCCUGGGCCUGGAAUCAGUCCUGAAGUGAGGAGAAGACUAGGAGAGGCAGCUGUCCGAGCUGCCAAAGCUGUGAAUUACGUGGGAGCUGGGACUGUGGAAUUUAUUAUGGACUCUGAGCACAAUUUCUACUUCAUGGAAAUGAACACUAGACUUCAAGUGGAGCACCCUGUCACUGAGAUGAUCACUGGAACAGAUCUAGUGGAAUGGCAGCUACGGGUUGCAGCCGGGGAGAGGAUUCCCAUCACUCAGGAUGAAAUCAGUCUGCAAGGCCAUGCGUUUGAAGCCAGAAUAUAUGCAGAAGACCCAGAUAACGACUUCAUGCCUGGAGCUGGUCCACUGCUGCAUCUUUCUACACCACCAGCUGAUCUUCAUACACGCAUUGAAACUGGAGUCCGGCAAGGUGAUGAAGUUUCGAUAUACUAUGACCCCAUGAUUGCCAAACUGGUUGUGUGGGCAGAGGAUCGUCAAGCAGCCCUGCGUAAGCUAAAGUACUGCCUGCACCAGUACAACAUUGUAGGUCUUAGCACCAAUAUUGACUUCCUCCUAAGUUUGUCUGGACAUCCAUCAUUUGAAGCAGGAGAUGUGCACACCAGCUUUAUCCCCCAACAUUACAAUGAACUUUUUCCACCAAAGAAAGAAGCCACCAGAGAAACGCUGUGCCAGGCUGCCCUCGGCCUUAUUCUCAAGGAGAAAGCAUUAACUGAAGAAUUCACCCUGCAGUCUGAAGAUAAGUUCUCUCCAUUUACGUCUAGUAAUGGCAGACGGAUAAAUAUAUUGUACAUCAGAAACCUCACUCUGCUUGAUGGAGAAAACAAAGUGGAUAUGAAAAUCAUUUAUAACCAUGAUGGCUCGUACGAUAUGCAUGUUCAAGAUAAAGUUCUCCGAGUAUCAGGGGAUCUUCUGCGUGAGGGAGAUGUCACCUUCCUGAAAUGUUCAGUGGAUGGAGCUAUUUGCAAAUCCAAGCUGGUUAUCCUGGAUGGCACAAUACAUCUGUUCUCAACGGAAGGUAGUGCGCAGCUAGCUUUACCCACGCCUAAAUAUCUGUCUGACGUAAGCACUGCUGGAAGCCAGGGAGGAGCGGUAGCCCCGAUGACCGGCACAAUAGAAAAGGUGUUUGUAAAGGUGGGUGAUAAAGUUGAAGCUGGUGACCCGUUGAUGGUUAUGAUUGCUAUGAAAAUGGAGCACACGAUCCGGGCUCCGAAAUCUGGGACCAUAAAAAAAGUUCACUUCAAAGAAGGCGCCCAAGCCAGCAGGCACGCUCAACUUGUUGAAUUGGAGGAUGAAGAUACCGACUCAGAAUAAUUUCUGGGAAAUAAAGCACUACUUUUCUUGUUUAGUACAAGAGUCUAUAAAUGUUUCGUUUGUUUAUGAUAAAUAUUUUAAACAGGUUCAGAA